UGUAAUUUUAUUUUUAAAAUUUACAAGCUCAAGAUGUAAACGGAAGUACCUCUGCAGGCACGAAAGUAAAACAACUUAUUUCAAGGUCUCCAGACAAACGGUAGAAUUCUCUCCGCCCCGGUAAAAUUCGACAAGCACACAGCAUUCUGUCACUCGUCCGUUGAAUGCAUCUUCUGGAAAGCCUGUCAAUGGCAGAUUGAGGUCGAGGGCAGUCACUUCACCACUGACUGAGGGUUUUUUUUAAAAUGCAAAAAUUGUCCGCAACUGCUCUUCAAAAAGCACCAUUCCGUCAUCCAUAAUAUACAAAACAAAAACUAAUCGCGUGGAAAUCACGUGGGAACUGAAUACACAACACUGCGUGGGUAGGACAUGGGUUUGAAAAAAAAACACAUGCAUUUCCACCCUCCACCUCCCCAAAAAAGCACCAAGCAGUCCAUCCCGUGGCACUGGAAACCCAACUGUUGAACACGGUGAUGGGGGCUGGGGAUUUUGAUGACAGGUACUGGCGUAUGAGAGCACAAACGCCCCCGUCUCUAACCUGCCCGAGAGCUCCAAUGAAGGAAAAGGGGAGGGGGGGAAGGAGUAAAUGGGGUAACAAGCAGCGAAACAGAGGUGUGACAGGCAGUUGGGCGAGGAAGAACGCAGGGAGGAGAGAAAGUAUGGCAAUCAAGGGGGACGGGUAUGGUAAAGGAGACGAAGAGAAUAAUUGGACGCAGAGGAAUAACUAGAAAAGACUGGUAAUUAGAGUAGUACAGUGACAGAGAAAACGGAAUGACAGCGAUCAGAAUACAGAGGUACUGUAGUCUGGGUACUGGGUGGCCACGUACCACAGGGAAAAGUUUCAGCAGGCGAGGAAAAAGACCACGGAGGAACACAAGGGAUGUGACAGAAGCGCACAGAAGGAUGGCGUAAUAAGUUAAUAGGAAGCGAUGGUACUCAAGGAUGAAAGAAACGGAUGGGUGGGAGGACCGAAGAAUGGCAGGAUGCCAGAGGUAACUAAGAGACAUUUGGUAAUGGCUGCGAACAGAGUACAGUACUAACGUUGCUGGGCAAGGGGUAACGCUAUUAAAAGAAGUUAAUGCCAGGGCUGGAAGCGAGUGAUACUGACAGGCAGUGAGAUUAAUAUCGAGAAGGCGGGUGGAGCGGAAAGCCUGCGGUGAAGAAGGGUUGGAGCUUUGGGUCGGGAUUUCCCAGAGGCGUUUCGGUUGCUCUGUCACUGUAGAUGCGAGCGGGUUGAGGAGUGUCGGGACCUGCGACACCGCCUCGGGACGAGUCCCAUGUACCGUAAAUUCUCCGCUUCGUCCCAAAUCUCCGCUGGUCUUUAAACCUGUGCUGCAAUCUGCUCUGAUCGGAUUAAGUGGAGUCUGUUCCGACCGGCUUGUUAGUUGUACGUCCACGUGCUCGGGCAAUAGUUUGUAGCGGAGCGCGGCCGGCGACCGAGAGCUCCGCAGCACCGAAUCCGGACAGCAGCGCUCCAGCAAGAAGAGCCAACCAAGAGCGACGACAAUGAUGAAGCAUGUGCGAUGCGACGGAGCUGAGCGAAGGAAAUAGCCUCCAGCUCAAGCCGCGACCUCCCUCUCCCCUUUCGAUACGGGCAAGAUCCCACCCCCCUGCCUCGGGACGCUGGACUCCGCCCGGUUUGGCGCCUCACUAUAUUGCGGAGCUUGCACUACGACCCAAGAUCUGCCCCUGGCCCGGGACCGCCGCCACAGCCCAGCAGCAGCCGACCCGUCCCCGUGAUCUGCGGCUGUUGCCCGGUGGCGCUCUCAGCCGAGCCCGCGCCCCGCCCAUGCGCCCCGGAGGCCGGCUCCCGGGGCUCUCGUACUGUUGCCGUGGUGACGGCGGGCGGGCGAGCGGCCGACCCGCAUGUUGCUAACGAGGGAGGUGGUCGGCGACCGGCCGGCCGCGACGAGCGGGAUCCCUGCCGCCGUUGGAUGCCCUCAGCAUCUGCCCGAGGACGAGUGGGAGGAUGCAGGCACCGAGAUCCAGGAGGAUGCCGACGAGCGGUCGGAGUCAGACACCUGCAGCGUCCUGUCGGAUGAUUCUUUCUACCCUCCGGAGCUGCGCUCCCCUAGCAGCGAGAUCACAAACGCGACCGAGGGCCCGCUCACCUUCUACCGAGCCUGCGCCACCAGCAACGCCGUAGGACUCAAAGAACUGAUGUGCCGGGAGCUGAGCGAGCAGGAGGUGAUGGAGGUGGACAGGAAUGGUCGGACUGGCCUGAUGGUGGCUUGUUAUCAGGGGUUCAUGGACAUUGUUUUCAUCUUGGCUCAGUGCCCUCACCUUGAUGUCAACUGGCAAGACAAGGAGGAAAACACAGCUCUGAUUAUUGCAGCACAAGCAGGGCACAUUACCAUCACAAAUUACUUGCUGAACUAUUAUCCUGGAAUUGACAUUGAGAGGAGGAAUGUUCAUGGGUUCACUGCACUAAUGAAAGCAGCAAUGCAAGGAAGAUCAGAUUGUGUCAGAGCCCUGAUGCUGGCCGGGCACAAAGUUAUCAAUCACCCCUGCUGUGGACCACCUCUGGAGGUUCAAGACACCGACUUCUACAAAGAAGGGAUCUUCACAACCGCUGGACUAUGUGCCGAUAUCGAUGCAACAGAUCCAGGGAAGGGACUUACUCCACAGCAAUGGGCACAGUUUACAGGGCGGUUUGAAACAGUCUGCCUCAUGCGAAAACUCCUGGCCCAGCCCUGCCCUGUCCAAUUCAGUGAUAACUAUAAGCCCGAGUGGCCAAAACUGAAAGAACUUGUAGCCAAAGCCAGUGAGCCCAAGAACUGUUUAGAAAAAAUAUGUGAGACUCUUAGGUCAGCAUUUGUUAUCAACUUCCCUCAUGAUCCAGAAGAAGAUGGCCCUCUGGACCACAUGGUUAGAAUGACCACGGCCAUCACCAGCCCUUUCGUUGCGACUGGUUGCAGGACAGUCUGCCCAAAUAGCCCCCCUUGCGUGGGAAAGAAAAGAUACACAGUUCAGGAGAUUCUGAGGCAGCAAGAAUCUUGUAAAACAAAGGCUCCAAACAAGGAUUAUGUUAAAUACCAAAAACUAUUUCAGAACUCUCAACUAGUGAUGGUUCCAAAAAAGAAGGAAAGGAGAGCCAGCCUACAGACACUGAAGUCUUCCACUUCACAUGUAUCACCUGCUUCUUCCAGGAGGGGUAGUUUAAUGCCCUUGAGCAUGCUUAAAUGGAGUAGUGUUCAGCCGGGCAUUGUGGUGCCGAAGGUGCGGGUGGUCAAAGCGCCCACUCCGACUUACAACCCUGAUAAAGUGCGCAGGAAGAGCUCUGCCAAGAGCAGCAAUUUCCUGGAACUACCCAUAUGGAGGUAUAAGGAACUGAAAGAAGAGAGAAAGAAAGCAGAAGAAGAAGAAAAAAGGAAAGCUGAAGAAGCAGAGAAAGAGAGAAAACACAAGAUUGCACUAAAAAAGAAGUCGUAGGGAUAAACAAAAUAUGUCAAAAAGCAAAGCAAAACCAGGGGAAAAAAAACUGAACAAUUCCUCUGCUAAACAGGAAAAAUUAUUAAGACCUGGCCCUGCAAGUUCUGUAAGGCCCAGGUCUACAACUAAUACUUCCACAUUAUCAACAUAAACAGUUGAAGGUUUUGGGUAAUUCAAGGUAUGGUGCAACGACUUCUUAGUAAUACAAGAUGUAGCUAAUUGUGUCUGAAAUCUUCAGUUAAUGUAAUCCACCCUUGUUGAGUGUCCAGAGGCAAAAUAAGUUGCACCUUUGUUCUAAAAAUAGCUUUGAAAUUGAAUUUAGCCUCCAAGUCUGCAAAUCGUCAAAAUGCAUUUGAUUUUUUUUGUUAUAGAUCAUUUGGACACUGUGGUUCUUUGCUUAAUAAGCCAGGUGUCAAAACAUCAGGCAAUUGUUUUAUAGGUUUUUCUGUAUAGAUUGAGCAGAGGUCACAUUUACCUCAAACACAAAACAUAUGGCUUUAAUAGAACAGGGUCAGCAUGUCAACUAAGCUUACCACAGUGGAAGAGCUGCUCCUAAUAUGAUCAAUUAAUGCUAAAAUUACUGGUAUCUGGUAUAAUUUACCUAUGAUUGUUUUUAAAAACAGUGGAUUUAUUUUGAUGGUGAUGCUACUGCAUAGAAGAACCAUGCUCACGUUUUAAGGAAAUGUUGAGUUAGCAAACUAGUGGACAGCUCCAAGAACUAGUUUGUUUCUGAGGCUUGCAAGAUAGUGAUUGGGUAGAUGUAAAAAGAAACAGCCUCAUGUAGCAGGACCUAACAAUUUUUCUUUUUUGAAAAAAAACACUUCAACAUAGAGAAAUCUACCUCUGAUUGAAUCACCUGUCCCAUUGGUAUCCUAUUGUGAGCUGCUGUUGAAGCUCAAUUCAUUUACUGAUCCUUACUGCAGUCACUGCACUUGGUUUACAAAACAAAAAAAAAAGCAGUUUAGGAGAACGAGUAGCCAGCUGCUUGACAUUUGUUCCUAGGGCAAAGGUUAGGCCUAUAACAAAAAAAUGGCCCCACCGUGGAGAAGGGAUAUUAUCCUAGUUGGCACCCUCAAGCCUUUUGGACAGGGCAGUGUGCUGUUUUAAUUUUCAAGAUGUGUGUGUGUGAGAGAGUAAUAUUGUAGGAUUGUGCUGAGCAGCAGGAGUUCAGCUGCAAGUUAUUCUUCCAACUUUCCAUUGACAUAGUGGGUCACUGUGUUACUGGAUAGGCAAGAUGUUGCUUAUUCCCUUUUCAAUGCAAAGGUAAAUAAGGUACAAGGCACUGAGAUUAUGGAUGAAGUAAGAUUUUAUGUAAAGGGUGAAAAUAUCAGUUUAAAGAAUACCAACCCACAAGUACUAAGUCAUAUUUGAAACUCUUUCUUCUCAGACUCAGCUCUGUAAUUGCCCAAGGUGUCAGUCAGUCAAAAUUUUGUAUAUUGUCGGGGCUAGCUGUGGUCAGCAGAGUUUUUCACUUUUCAAAGCCUGACAGUCUUAAGUAAUUUUAAAUACAGAGAGAGUAUGAGUUCAUUCACAACAUUUGGCAAGUGUGUAUUCUUUUUGUUGUUGGAACCCAUUAUUUGGUGAUUUGGAUCAUAAGACCAUAAGAUAUAGAAGCAGAAUUAGGCUAUUUGGCCCAUCGAGUCUACUCUGCCAUUUCAUCAUGGCUCAUCCAUUUUUCCUCUCAGCCCCAAUCUCCUACCUUCCUCCCCAUAUCCCUUCAUGCCCUGACUAAUCAAGAAUCUACCAACCUCUGCCUUAAAUAUACAGAAAGACUUGGCCUUCAUAGCUGCCUGUGGCAAAGAAUUCCACAGAUUCACCACUCUCUGUCUAAAGAAACUCCUCAUCUGCGUUCUAAAAGGACGCCCCUGUAUUUUAAAGCUAUGUCCUCUGGUCUUGGACACUCCCACCAUGGGAAAGAUCUCUCCACAUCCAAUCUAUCAAGGCCUUUCACCGUUCAAUAUAUUUUAAUUAGGUCACCCCUCAUUCUUCUGAAUUCCAGUGAAUACAGGCCCAGAGCCAUCAAAUGCUCUUCAUAUGACAAGUCAUUUAAUCCUGAACCUCCUUUGAGCCCUCCCCAUUUUCAGCUCAUCCUUUCUAAGAUAAGGGGCCCAAAUCUGGUCACAAUAUUCCAAGUGCCAGUACUUUCAAAAGUCUCAGCAUUAUAUCCUUGCUUUUAUAUUCCAGUCCCCUUGAAAUGAAUGCUAACAUCGCAUUUGCCUCACUACAGACUCAACCUGCAAAUUGAUCUUUCGGGAAUACGGCAUAAGAACUCCCAAAUCCCUUUGCACCUCAUAUUUUUGUAUUUUCUCUCCAUUUAGAAAAUAGUCGACCCUUUUCAUUUCUUCUACCAAAGUGUAAAACUGUACACUUCCCGACACUGCAUUCUUUCUGCCACUUCUUUACCCAUUCUCCUUUUCAGUUUGCAGUUUUUAGGAAGCUAUCUGACCCUAUACAGUAGCACCCUACAGAUUCUGUACAAUUACGCAGUGGUCUCUGUCAGGUAGUUGGGAGGAUACUUUAAGAUUGUUAAAUUUAAUAGAACUACUUCUUCUGUGCACUAGGUUGGAAAUUUCAGUCAUCCAAAGGUUCUGUUUAAUAGAUCUCUUAACUAGAAGGGAGAAUGAAAAGUUCUCCAUCAGAGCUAAAGGUAAAUUAGGUGGCAAAGACUUGCACCACUAUGCCUAACGUUUUUGUGUCUAUGCCGUCAGUUCAAUCAAACAUAAUUUGCAUCGUUACACCACCUACACAUGGCAUUAAACCUGAAUCUGGAUUAAUUUAUAGGAAUAACAAAGAUUGUACAAUACCAGCAAACAGAUAAUCAGUUUAGGACUUUGUUUCUGGAAGGUGCUGGAUUUUAACCCACAGAUCAGGGUCAUUUUCAGACAGCAAGCAUUAUGCAAUAAGUAUUAUACAAGAAUAAAAACAGAAAAUGCCAGAGCAAGUCAGAUUACAUCAAUAAAAAGAGAAACAAAGUUAAUGUUUUGGGUCCCCGUUCUUUUCCAGUUCCAAAGGUUAGUGACCUGACACAUUAACUCUAGUUACUCUCUUGAUAGAUGGUUCCUGACUUGCUGAGCAUCACCAGAAUUUUCUGUUUUUAAUUUAAAAAUUCCAGUAGCUGCAGUUACCUUGUAUGUGAAGCACUAUUCAAGACUCAGCUCAUUAACAAGCAUUAUCAGUGGGAUUGCAUUUACCUAUAUUUCAGGGAUGUAAUCACUUGGUGCUCUAACUGUGCUUCCAGUUAAUUUAGACAAGUGCAUUAGCAAAAGCAUCCUAUUUGAGACUUAAAAAAGAAUUUUGUCAAUAACCUAAUUAUGUGACAUGAUGUUUAAAUAUUGACUAUUUCAAAAUGUUACUAUCUACCAACCUGAUGUCAAAACGUACAGAUCAGAAGUGAGGAGCUGGCUCCCCAUUAAAACUGUGACACUUGCGUAAAGGUAAACUAUUGCUUAGAAGGUUUGAAAAGAGGUAGUCAAAAAACCCACAAACAAGUGCUUAAAAGCUUACAGCUGUAAUUGUUUUCUCUUAUAUCCUUGAGCUAAAAUCAAUAAAACUAAAGAGGGUAUUUAGCCCUAUUCAUUUGAUUGCAAAAUGUGGGAAUCACUGGCAAUGCCAUUAAAUUUCAUCCCUAAAUUACCCCUAAACUGAGGAGACUUAAGAGUCAAUAACAGGGAUGUGUGGAAUUAGAGGGUUAAAGGAUGACAGAUUUCCUAGUUGAUCAAUUGUUAAAUGAAAAUCUUACACUAUUGUAUUACCUGUAACAAAGCUAGAUUUAUCUUUAAUUACAGAUAUUUAAUUACUUGAAUUUAAAUUCCACAAAUAGUCCCUGUGGGACUUGAAUUCGUGUCUCUGGAAAAAUAAUCCAGAAUUCUAGCUGCUACUUGUGCAACUUAACCACUACCCUACUAUGUAUUGCUCAGAGCGAGCUUGAUGUAUUUAUGAUCUGUAACCUAGGUCAUUUCCAUUUGAAAAUCUAAUCUUGUGAUCUCUAUUCCACUCAGGAAAUGGUCACUAACCAAAAAUUAAACGUACUGGUAACAUGCAACACAAAAAUAAAUUUUGGUACUUGCAAAUUAUUUGCUUUGGGUAGAUAUUCGAAUUGUGCAAGAAAAUCCUUAGCACAUGUCCUCUUUAUUGCUUUCAGUGGGUGAUGUAGCAUAUUUCAGCCCUGGGUUGGAAUACAUUUUACAAAGUAAGGCAGGUCACUCAGGGAUCAGGCAGUCCACAUCAACUCUGGCACACAUAGUCAUCAGAAUGCUUUCUGAGUUCAACACCUAGCAAUAAUUUUAAAUUUAGAACCUUUCCCGAUUUGUAAUUUUAUUGUGAUAUACUAGAGGGAAAUGAGUUAAGAUGUCAUCAUUAUUUAAUGGUCCUACACUGUGUCAGAACAAGAUGUUUAUAUGCAAUUUUUAUUAACUGGAAUACCAAGCUAUUUUUACAAAACAACUACAUCAUAUUUAAAUUGUUUUAAAAUAAUUUUAAGGAUACUGAAUUGAUAUGGAAACUGUCAGUUUGAUUGUUAUUGAGGAUGAUCCUUGUGAACAAAAAUACUAAAUAUCAUUAUUGGUACUUUUGGAAGUGCAUCAAAUAUUGAAUGUCAAAUAAAAGUUUAA